GCCACACGCGUUCGAGCCCAGAAAGUGCAGGAAAGCGUUGGUAUCUUGUGAUAAACAGAGAGAACGGAAGCGGGAAAUGGCAAUUCCCGUUUUAUGGGAUUCAAUUUUUCGGACUUAUCCAUUAUUUCAUUUCUCAAUUCGUAAUCUAUCGAAUAGAAAUUCAAUUCCUAGGAAGAAUAAGUGGCUUUGUUUGGCUUCACCACAACUGAACCCUGUCGGGUCAGAGGUUUCGUUUUGUGUUGGAACUCACCUCAUCCCGCAUCCUAACAAGAUUGAGAGAGGUGGGGAAGAUGCAUUCUUUGUGAGCAGGUAUAAUGGGGGAGUAAUUGCUGUUGCGGAUGGUGUAUCUGGUUGGGCUGAACAGAAUGUGGAUCCUUCAUUAUUCCCUCAGGAACUGAUGGCUAAUGCUUCAUGUCUAGUGGGGGAUGAGGAGGUUAACUAUGACCCCCAGAUUCUCUUAGGGAAAGCACAUGCUGCUACUUCCUCUAUAGGUUCAGCUACUGUAAUUGUUGCUAUGCUGGAGAGGAAUGGAAUGCUAAAGAUUGCAAAUGUUGGGGAUUGUGGACUAAGGGUUGUCCGCAGAGGUCAGAUAAUUUUUUCCACAUCUACUCAAGAACAUUAUUUUGAUUGUCCUUACCAAUUAAGCUCAGAAAUGGUUGGGCAGACAUACCUUGAUGCGAUGGUUAGCAAUAUGGAAUUAAUGGAGGGAGACACCAUCGUGAUGGGCUCAGAUGGUCUUUUUGACAACAUUUUUGACAGUGAGAUUGUUGCGACAAUUGCUAGACAUGAUUGUGUAACUGGGGCUGCAAAGGCAUUAGCCAACCUAGCAAGAAUUCAUUCAAUGGACUCAAAAUUUGAAUCUCCUUAUGCACUGGAAGCCAGAUCGAAGGGUUUUGAUGUUCCAUUGUGGAAGAAAAUACUCGGGAUGAAGCUUACAGGUGGAAAGUUGGAUGAUAUUACUGUGAUUGUUGGCCGGGUUGUAAGGUCAUGAAUAUAAGGUGGUUGAGAGUUUAUCCAAAUUAGUUCUGAUACCAUAAAUUCCCAGAAAGAUUUUGCAAAGCACUUUAUGCAUUCUUGGAGACAGCUUGAACUCUGUUUAGGAUCUAAGGUUGCAGUCUGAUUCCCUUCACCAUUCAAAUCAUUUGGGAUUUGAUAUAUAUAUAUAUAUGUAUGUACACUUACCUUGGGAAAGUAUGAGAGCUUGAAUUGCUUGAGACUUGAGAUAUGCGUAUCAUGUAUGAACGGAUCUCUUAUAGCACUAAUGUCAAACUGCAAAAUUGGCAUUUAAAGUUGAACCCGUACCUCAGUAAUUGAAUGAUUCUUUCAAAG